CGGUCUAUUUAUCGUUGCAUCGUUCCGUGUGACAGCGUUUGUGUCUGCGCUGUGUGGUUUUGGUGAGAAUAAUCUCGAAAUAUACGUCUAAAAUGCAGUCGGUAACGGCAAGAGGAGGGGGCGACAAAUCAUCUUAUAAAGACAAAGAUAAACCGGCGCAAGUUCGUCAGAGUAACAUUACUGCAGCGAAAGCUGUUUCAGAUGCUAUCCGCACCAGUCUCGGUCCUCGCGGUAUGGAUAAAAUGAUCCAGUCUGCUAAUGGGGAUGUAACGAUCACCAACGACGGAGCAACCAUCUUGAAACAGAUGCAAGUUCUGCAUCCGGCCGCAAAAAUGUUGGUGGAACUCUCCAAGGCGCAAGAUGUGGAAGCUGGUGAUGGCACAACAUCUGUGGUCGUCAUUGCUGGGAGUCUCCUUGAUGCGGCUGCCAAACUCCUUCUCAAAGGCAUUCAUCCAACAACCAUAUCUGAGUCGUUCCAGAAAUCGGCAGCCAUGGCUGUGCAAGUUCUCAAGGGCAUGUCUGUCCCUUUGGACCUCUCUGAUAGAGAGAGCCUCCUCAAAAGUGCCUCUACCGCACUCAACUCAAAGGUUGUUUCUCAGCAUUCUGCUCAACUGGCACCCAUUGCAGUAGAUGCAGUGCUCAGGGUCAUCCAUCCUGCAAAGGACACUAAUGUCGACCUUAACGAUAUCAAGGUCAUCAAGAAACUGGGGGGCACUGUAGAGGACACUGAGCUGGUGGAUGGACUGGUGUUUACUCAGCAUCUGGCAGGCUCUGGGGGACCCCACAAGGUGGAAAAAGCACGAGUUGGACUCAUCCAAUUCUGCAUUUCACCUCCCAAGACUGAUAUGGACCACCAGGUUAUAGUGAGCGAUUAUGCAGCAAUGGAUCGUGUCCUGAGAGAGGAACGUGCUUACAUUCUCAACAUUGUCAAGCAGAUAAAGAAGGCUGGCUGUAAUGUGCUCCUCGUUCAGAAAUCCAUCCUCAGGGAUGCCUUGUCUGACCUUGCGCUGCAUUUCCUUGCCAAGUUGAAGAUCAUGGUGGUGAAGGACAUUGAGCGGGAAGACGUAGAGUUUGUCUGUCGCAGCUUGGGUUGCCGUCCCGUUGCAUCUCUGGACCACUUCACUGCAGACACCUUGGGCUCGGCUGACCUUGCAGAAGAGAUCACGACGGGAAGUGCCAAGUACAUCAAGGUAACAGGAGUGGCCAAUCCUGGUAAGACUGUCACCAUCCUGGUAAGAGGCUCCAACAAGCUGGUUCUGGAAGAAGCGGCUCGUUCGUUGCACGAUGCCCUGUGUGUUGUGAGGUGCCUCGUUAAGAACAGAGCCCUGAUAGCGGGAGGAGGUGCACCUGAGAUGGAACUGUCACUCCAACUCACUGAGCAGUCUCGUCUUCUUACGGGGUUGGAUGCCUACUGCGUGCGGGCAUUUGCGGAAGCCCUUGAAGUGGUGCCCUACACACUGGCGGAGAAUGCUGGACUAAACCCCAUUGCAACAGUUACGGAACUGCGCAACAGGCACGCGGAGGGCGAGAAGCAGGCAGGCAUCAACGUCCGUAAGGGAUCAGUGACCAACAUCUUGGAGGAAAAUGUUGUUCAACCCCUCCUGGUGUCAACAAGUGCCAUCACUCUCGCUGCAGAAACUGUAAGGAGCAUCCUCAAGAUCGAUGACAUCGUGCAAUCUGUUCGCUGAUUAAUUUAAUGUUCUUUUACCGCAUUAUUUGAGCCAAAUAAAAGCUUGCUUUUGUUA